ACACCCGCCCAUCUUGACCUCUUUCCGUCAUCUGGUUCCAUCCGAUACUCGCUUGUACGGUUUAUAAAGUCGCUCUUUUACCCUCACUCCUUUGCUUUUUUGCCCCACUUCCCUUUGUCACCGUCCUUCCUGUAUUCACCAUGUUGGCCUCUGUCUUCAUCACCCUUAGCUUGACAGCGUUCGCGACUGCUGCUCCUCAGUCGAAGCGCCAGCUUGCACAGGUGGUCUCCAGCUGCACUCAACCGAACACGGUUGCACUUACCUUUGACGAUGGUCCUUGGAUUUACGCACAGGUCGUUAGUGACGCCCUCACCUCGAAAGGCGUCAAAGGCACAUUCUUUUACAACGGAAAUAAUUACGAAUGCAUUUACGACCAAGCUGAGAUGGACCGCGUCAAAUACGUGUAUAACGCCGGCCACCAAGUUGCCUCACACACUUGGAGUCACUCCGACUUAACUACGCUGACCUGGGAUCAAAUCCAUGAUGAGAUGUGGCGCGUCGAACAAGCUCUCCAGAGAAUCGUCGGCGUUGUUCCCGCUUUCAUGAGGCCCCCGUACGGUAAUUAUAACGAUCUGGUUUUGCAGGCCUCCUACAUAAGAGGGCAAAAGGUUGUCCUCUGGGAUUUCGAGUACGUAUGUCUUGUAGUCACGUAAUUUUGUGGCUCACAAGCUCUCCUAGUUCUGGGGAUUCUGUUGGCGCUUCUGUCCAGGAAAGUGAAAGUACUUAUGACAGUACUAUCAGUC